AUGAGCAUUAUGGCCCUCUUAAUCGAACAAGACCGUCCAGCGUCGCCCCUAUUCCCUUUCCUCCCCCGCUCCCACUCGUUCAACGACCCGCUCGCCGCGUUUCGCGCUGCCUCGAGCGGCGCAGACAGCCAGGCCUCUGACAGCUCUCGCUCAGGCUCUCCUCUCAAACGACGCUCCGUCCGUUGGAACCGUACAAAGUGGAGUCGCGAACCAAGCCAGACCGACGUCUCCAACAGCGCGUUUGUCCAGCUCGAAGAAGGCGACUUUCCGCUCAGCCAUACGCGCACCCUCGCCGUCGACGCCGACAAUGAUGUAGAUUGCGGCGACUCGGACUGCGAGAUUGGCUACCACUCGGACACGGUCGACCAUGAGCAACUUUCAAAGCUCAUCACCCUCCGUCAAGUCCUCGCUGCCCGCCAGGCUAGACGCAUGUACGAGCAAAAGGACCAAGACGAAGAUACAGACGACGCGCUCGACGAGCCCUAUGAGCAAGACGACUUGCCCCGUCAUCACGCCUUUACCGCCCGCCGCACCCGUCCGGACAGUGACGACGGAAGCAGUGGUGGCCGCAUGAUGGAUAUCGACGUCGACUCUGUCCAACACGACGAGUAUGAAGACGACGACGAAGAAGAGGCCGAGAGCGAAUACGAGGCUCCCGUCCUCCGAAAGCGCAAGCGCAAGGACCUCGCCACCACUACCACUACCACGACUACGACCGGUAAUCCAACCCGUCUUCAGUCCUUUACCGGCAGACCCUCGCGAGCAAAGUUUACCACUUCCGGUCCCUCGUCAUCUGUUGGAACGCCCGAUGCCGAAGACUCGCCAGACGUGAGCUUCCGUCCACCGAUCAAGAAGACGGGUAUCAAUCGUCGUAUGCACGGCAAACGUCCUCGUCUCGAAACUCCGAGCGAUAACGACAAGGCCCAGCUCCUCGCAGCCGCAAACGGCGGCCUUUAUCCCGCUUCAGCCACUCCGGCCGCUCCAAGCGUCCUCGAGUUUCCAUGCCGUUACGUCAGUCCUGACGGUCGUCCAUGUGCUAAAAAGUUUCCACGCUGGACAGACUAUGAAAAGCACUACGAGUCUUGCCACAUUGGCGACUCGGGCUACCCAUGGUCCUACAAGGUCGAAGCAAAGGACUGUCCAUUCCGUUGCCCACACCCGAUUCCAUCUGCAUCGCGUCCCAAAUCACAAAAGGGACGUCUUGUCAAGACGGUCGAGUAUGGUCCUUGCGACUUUGUCACGCGCAAGAAUACGCACGAUUUCGAGCGACACUGGAAGGGUAACCACAUUCGUAGUGAAGCCCUCUUUAUUGCGCGUGGGAAUAUGCAGCUCGAAGACGCCAAGUGGGUCAAUGUCAAGGAGAAAUUUGAGAUUGCCUAUGCGCUCUGCCCGCGUUGUCCACGGUGCUCGGAAAACUUUACGCGCACAGAUGCGCUCACGCGCCAUCUCCGGAGCCCAUGCUCUGGUGGUUCGGUCGGCGCCGCGAUUGACGAUCAUUUGUAUGCCGUUCAACCGGCGCCGACUGCAGUCCAAUUCGUCGAGGUAAAGGACGCAAAGGCCGUCAAGGAAAUGCUUGAUUCGCAGACUACGCCCUCUGCUACCACCACAACGACACACGGUCCUCACCAUCAUCCUCACCACAACGCCAUGUUGCACGCCACGAGUCAAACUCUUGUGACGGCAUGA